AUGGCUCCUAACCUCGACUCUUUCUUCCAGACGGUAGACUCGAAUGCAGACGCUUUCAUCGAGCGCCUUCGCCAAGCAGUAGCAAUCCCUUCAAUCAGUGCAGACGAAGCUCGACGGCAGGAUGUGGUCAAGAUGGGCAUGUUCCUGAAGGCACAACUCGAAACCUUGGGUGCCAAGAUGGAGGCUCGACCGCUGGGUAAGCAGCCAGGGAAGGAGCAUCUCGAGCUUCCACCUGCUGUGAUUGGACGAUACCCGGCAAAGAAGCAAGAAGGGAAGAGGACUAUCUUGGUGUACGGCCACUAUGAUGUGCAGCCAGCGGAGAAGAGCGAUGGUUGGAAUACUGAGCCUUUCGAGCUCAGCGUAGAUGACAAGGGAAGGAUGUAUGGACGAGGCAGCACAGACGAUAAAGGUCCAGUUCUGGGCUGGGUCAAUGUGAUUGAAAGCCACCAGAAGGCUGGCGUGGACUUUCCUGUGAACUUGCUCAUGUGCUUCGAGGGUAUGGAGGAGUACGGAUCGGAAGGCCUGGACGACUUCAUUGUGGCCGAGUGCAAGCCUGGCAAAUUUUUCGAGGAUGCGGACGCGGUUUGCAUAAGUGACAACUACUGGCUUGGCACCGAGAAGCCUUGUCUGACGUAUGGGCUCCGAGGAUGCAGCUACUAUAGCAUCGAGAUCUCAGGACCAGGUCAGGAUCUUCACUCUGGAGUGUUUGGUGGCACAGCACAGGAGCCAAUGACGGACCUCACCCGUGUCAUGGGUUCGUUGGUAGACACAAACGGCAAGAUCCAGAUCCCAGGCUUGUACGAACUCGUGGCACCACUCACGAAGGAAGAGCAAAGUCUCUACUCCAACAUUGCCUUCACCAUGGACAACCUGUACGAGUCCCUCGGCUCGAAGACAGGGAUCUUCGACAAGAAGGAGGAGACUCUGAUGGGCCGCUGGCGCUACCCCUCCCUCUCACUUCACGGCAUCGAAGGUGCUUUCUCACAGCCCGGCGCAAAGACUGUCAUUCCGGCCAAAGUGACUGGCAAGUUCAGCAUUCGCACAGUGCCAGACAUGGAACCGCAUGAAGUUGACAGCCUCGUCUUCUCCUACGUCAAGGACCAGUUUGCGAAGCUCAGUUCAAAGAACAAGCUCAAUGUCUUCCUACAGCACAGCGGUAAAUGGUGGGUGGCGUCGCCCAACCACUGGAACUUCACUGCUGCGGCGAAAGCAGUGGAGAAGGUGUGGAAGAUCAAGCCCGACUUGACACGUGAGGGUGGCUCGAUCCCUGUUACGUUAACAUUCGAGCAAGCGACGGGAAAGAAUGUGCUGCUCUUGCCCAUGGGCAGCAGUACGGAUGCGGCACACUCGAUCAACGAGAAGCUAGACCGCAAGAACUACAUUGAGGGGAUCAAGCUGUUGGGUGCUUAUCUCCACUAUGUGGCCGAGGAGCCAACCUCGUGA